AUGCCUGAUAUUUUGUACCUUUUACCAUUUGUUUUCACCUCGACUCUGAUGUUUUUGUUGAUUCAAUAUCUGCUGAAAAAGAGGCGGAAUAGAUAUGCAGAAUUGGAACAAAAUGAGCUGUCAGUCGUAAAUCAUCAACCACCGCCGCCGCUACCAUCAUCACCAAUUUCAACUCGAUCCCAGAUGGCAAAAGGGAGGAUGGAUGAAAUAGUCAUCGAUAUUUACAACGAACAAGAAGGUGGAGAUCAUGAAUGCUCUAUUUGUCUAUUUGAAUUCAAAGACCAAGAAUUGUUCCGGUGUCUUCCGGCAUGCAACCAUGGGUUUCACUUCGAAUGCAUCAAAACAUGGUUGGAUAUGAGUCAAACCUACCCAUUGUGCCGCCGGAGUACUGCAUAUCACAGAGAUUUGUUGGAACAAAGGGCUCAUAUGGCUGUUGCAAGAAGUUACACUCCACCAGCUUUAGUUUGUGACAGAAAUCCCACUAAGAGACCUCCAGUUCAAUGCGGAAAAGAAGAUAGGAGAUCUGGCUCAAGGAGGUACAGACAAGAAGAUAAAUACAAAUCCUCAAGCAUGAUUUAUGACCCGUCUGAAAUACGCAUUAAUGAAUUGGGUGUUUUUUAA